GAAAGAGAUAAAAAUGAUGGUUCUACCAAUUUUUUAUGAUGUGGAUCCAUCUACUAUACGAAAACAAAUGGGUAGUUUUGCCCAAGCCUUUGAUAAACAUGAAGAACGUUUCAAGGACCGCAUAGAGAAGGUGCAAGCAUGGAGAACUGCUUUGACAGAAGUGGCCAAUCUCAAAGGAUGGCAUGUACAAGAUAGGCCUGAGUCACAAAUUAUACAAAAGAUUGUGGGAGAAUUAUGGCAUAAAUUAGGUUAUUCAUUCUCAGAAAAUAUCAAAAACCUAGUAGGAAUAAUUUCUAGAAGGGAGAAAUUGGAGUCAUAUUUGGAUAUAGGGUCAAAUGAUGUUCGCAUUAUAGGAAUUUGGGGGAUGGGAGGAAUAGGUAAAACAACUCUUGCAAGAGUUGUUUUUCGUAUGUUUUCAAAUAAGUUUGAAGGUGGUUGUUUUCUUGCUAAUGUUAGGGGAGUUUUUGAAAAAGAUGGUUUAGUACAAUUACAACAGCAACUUAUUCUUCAAAUUUUGAAUGAAAAUAUCAGUGUACAAGAUGUUAAUGAUGGAGUUUUUGUGAUCAAGAAUAGGUUGCGUCAUAAAAGAAUUCUUCUUGUUCUUGAUGAUGUAGAUCAAUUAGACCAAUUAAACAAGUUAGCAGAGAAUCAUACUUGGUUUGGUUUAGGAAGUAGAGUUAUUAUAACAACAAGAGAUAAGCAUUUGCUACAUAUCAUUGGAGUUAAUGAAAUAUAUGAGGCUGAAGGAUUGACUGAAGAUGAAUCUCUUCAUCUUUUGAGUUUGAAAGCAUUUAAAAAAGAGCAUCCUCCUGAAGAUUAUCUAAAGCUUUCCAAACACUUUGUAAAUUAUGCUUGUGGGCUUCCUUUAGCUAUUGAGAUUUUGGGUUCUUUUUUGUUUGGUAGAAGUAUCCAUCAAUGGGAAAGUACAUUAAAUAGACUAAAACAGUUUCCUGAAAAAGAUAUUCUCCAAGUACUUAGAAUAAGUUUUGAAGGACUACAUGAAACAGAGAAGGAAAUAUUUCUAAAUAUUGCUUGUUUCUUUAAUCAUGAGGGGAAAAAUGAUGUAGUAGAAAUACUAAAUUAUCUUGACCUUUUUCCAGAUGUUGGAUUGGGGGUUCUUUUUGAUAAAUCUCUUGUUAAAUUUAAUGAAUAUACCUUGUGGAUGCAUGAUUUGCUUCAAGAAAUGGGCAAGAACAUAGUUUAUGAAGAGUGUCCUAAAGAGCCUGGAAAACGUGGCAAAUUGUGGCUGUUUAAGGACAUUAACGAUGUAUUGACAAAAAAUAUGGGAACAAAAGCAAUUCAAGGCAUAGUCUUAAAGUUGCAUAAACAAAAAGAGGCAUUGCAUAAACAAAAAGAGGUAUAUUGGAAUCCUGAAUCCUUUUCAGAGGCCUAUGAUCUUAAAUUGCUCAUAAUUGAUGAUGUUCACCUUUUACAUGAGCCCAAAUAUCUUCCUAAUGCCUUGAGAUUUCUUGAUUGGAGUGAAUACCCUUCAAAAUAUUUUCCACCAAGUUUCCAACAAAAGUCUUUUGAUAGUUUGAAGUUCAUCAAAUUGAAGAAAUCACUAAAAUUGAUUGAAACUCCUGACUUCAACGAAAUCCCAAAUCUUGAAAAAUUGGAUCUUGAAGGUUGUAUAAAUUUACGUUCCUUGCACCCAUCAAUUGGAGUUCAUCAAAAACUCACUUUUCUUAAUCUAAAAGAUUGCAAAAACCUCAGAAGUCUUCCAAGCAAGUUUGAAAUGGAGUUUCUUGAGAUCCUUAUUCUUUCUGGUUGCCCAAAUUUAAAAAGAAUUCCGGAGUUUGGAGAAAAUAUGAAAAAUGUAUCAAAGCUUUACUUAGAUGGCACUGCUAUUACAAAAUUACCCGCAUCAAUUGGGAAUUUGACUGGCCUUGCUUCAUUGGAUUUAAAAGAUUGCAAAAAUCUAAUGUCUCUUCCUAGCACCUUUUUAAAUAUGAAGUGGCUCGAAGAUCUCAAUCUUUCUGGAUGCUCAAAACUACUGGAAAACUUGGUGACUAAGAAAAGGGUAGAAGAGGUUGAUGUGAGUGGAACUGUCACAGGACUUAUGGCUUAUUCCAAUACUCUUUUUCAAACUCUUAAAACACUAGCUUUGGGUGGAUUUAAGCCGAGAAGUCCCAAUCGCAUGGGCUUGUUAAAGACUUCUUUAUGGGGCUUGUGUUCUUUGACCAGUCUGAAUCUAAGUUAUUGCAAUCUCAAUGCAAUCCCCAAUGAUAUUUGUCGCUUAUUCUCUUUAGAAUAUUUAUAUCUAAGCGGCAAUAAUUUUAGUUGCCUUCCGGAAAACAUCGCUCAACUAUCUAGGCUGUUUUGGUUGGAGGUGAACAAUUGUACGAGUCUUCUAUCAUGGCCAAAGCUUCCAUUAAAUAUUUAUUAUAUUUGGGGAAAGGGUUGUACCUCACUAGAAACGCUACAUUUUCCACCAAAUUUUUCAUUUGGGCGUUCCCUCUACCUUACAAAUUGCAGUAAAUUGGCUGAGAAUCAAGGCUUCAUUGACAAUGGAUUGCACUCAAUCCCUAGUCCAGUCCGUCACUGCUUCUAUGAUAGUAUUAUCCCUGGAAGUGAAAUUCCAAAGUGGUUUACGCAUCAAAGUAUUGGGGAUGAGGUUAGUAUUCAAGAACCUAAUUCUCUUUUGUGUAAUGAGUGGAUCGGGAUUGCUGUUUGCGCUGUAUUUUGUUCUCAUCCACAUCGCCAAAUCCUCAAAGAAGGGAGACUUGCCUGUUGGUUGAGAGUCAACGGAGAACAAACGAAUAGUGCACCACUCACGACCGACCUUGUUCCUUUAUUGGAUCACACUUGGCUACUUUAUUUCAAUCCUAUGAAGAAAUCAUUGUGCGAAUGCGAUGCAAAUGGAUUCAGUCAAAUUGGAAUUAAAAUUAAAUCCGGUGCAUCUUCGAAGGUCCCAUUAAUGGUAAAGAAGUGCGGGUUGCGAAUGGUAUACAAGCAAGACAGUGAAGAUCUUAUUUUCGACAUUUCGACGGCGGCGGCAGCAGAAGGUUACAAAGCCAAGCGAACUCGUGAUGACUAUGAUGGGGCUGGAAGCUCUAAUUACGAACCUCACCCAAAAAGGAUUGAAAGAGUCACAAAAUUUAUGGGUGAGGGUAAUUCUAACUGUGAGGAGUCAAGUGAGAACAAGGAAUGUGCUGAAGAGCUAGGUGAUUGAAGGUUAAUCAACUUUUUUCUCUCCUUACUUGAUUCAGGCAUGGAUGAAGAGCUGGAGGAAGGGAGGGAGUUUUGGGGAUCUUAAAGCACUUCUCAUUGUCCUUUUUCUCUAUUUUAUGGUAUUUUUAGACUUGCAGGAACAAGGAAAACCGUGAAGAAAGAGCCUUUUUCU